ACAAAUGUACUUUUUCGUUUCCGUAUUGUCUAUGCUGAAACAACAGGAUAUACCUUAUAAACAGUACGAUACUCGGUCUAGUAAACAGUUAUAAUGCUGCUUAAACUGUCUAGUUUAACGCAUAAUAAGACAUCAGUUAUAUCAGUAAUAAAUCAGAUAUUAGUAAUCGCACAUGAAGCGGGCGCGAAUAAUACUCGAGUAUCACCUCUUAAGGUUUCUCUCUCUUAUACUUCCGAAGGUCAGUUUUGGCCCUAUAUGUCAAAAAAUAUUUACUCUGCGGUUACCAUCUGCCGCGGAUGUACAUGGCCCAAUGUUCUUGGCCAAAACCUAAGCUUAUAUACUUUUUAGAUAUGAUGGAAAAAGUAUGCCCGCCGACGUGAACGCUCAGCAGACAAGUAUUGGCAAUAUUUAGUUUAGGUACAGGUCAGUGAUCGGCGGUGAAUAACCCCAGUAUUUGCCGGAAACUUUCGGUAAAUUUUGAAUAUGGAAUGUAUAGAGCAUGGUAGGGUGGGGGAAGACGGAGCGCACUUUUCAUUCUAAUUGUUUUCAAGAUGACCGAGCCUAGGCACAAACUUAUGUACUGCAAGUUCCCAUACACUGACUUUAACAUAUGACCAUUAUACUCUUCGCCGUUCUUGUGACAUAAAUUAUUUUACUUUUGUCCACAAGCGCAUCACAGUUUCUGGUUUAAAACAGGCAACUACAUUUCAGCAAUAAUUUUUUUGAGGCACUGAAUGGAAGAGAAUCAAAAUAAAUGCUUUGCCGCAAUCCUGCCUGUAUAAUUACAGUCUAAUGUAGAACUCGUUAUCGAUUUCUUUGUAUAAUAGUUUUGCAGCAUACAUAGCCUAUUCACGCAUUUAUUGAAUUCCGCGUAUUGGGUUAUUUUGUUGCAAUAACGUAUCAGCAAUUGGCAAUUGACUUCUGUCUAAAUUUUCCAAGUCUCUCAACUCGACCGCACAGCAUUUUAAACUGUUUUCUAUGUUGCUUGAAUGAGGACUGAAAUAUGAUUCGCAUACCAUACAAGGCCCACGGCAAUAUUUACAAAGACCUGCAAGUUGUAUAGUGGCAGCUACAACUGCUGUGUCAAUACGCCAUGGCAGCUUGGUAAGCAGAAAAAGGAAACUCUCGCCCCCAUUUAGAAACGAGGUGUGUUUAAAGUAGGUGACGAAGAUGUUUGUGGCCUUGUUUUGUACAGCACUCAGGAAAACGUGCUAAGUUAGCCGGCGAAUACAAAAGCAUGACAUACAACUUGUACAUUAUAGCGUACAAUGUAAUUUUAUAUGAUUUUCAAGGUAAUCACUAAAAGUACCUGAGGCAGUGUGAUACUUUACAGCGGCGUAGCAAUGUCUACCGAAACAAAUGCAGAAGAUAAGUUUACGACGAGGAGAAGUAUUGGUAUGUUUAGUGGAGUGUUUGUGGCAUCUGGUGUGGUGAUAGGAUCAGGAAUAUUCAUUUCUCCCCACGGAGUCUUUGGUAAAUUUAAAACGUUGGCUUGUGUCGGUAUAAAAAUGUUAGUUAUGUCUUGUUUUUUAGCCGCUGCGAACUACAGCGUGGGCGUCACGUUGAUUAUUUGGGUGUUUGGUGGACUGAUUGCUAUGCUUUCAACACUGUGCUACUGUGAACUUGCAACUUCGAUACCAGAGUCGGGCAGCGAUUACACUUACCUGACAUACGCGUAUCAUCCAGCAUUGGCAUUUCUUAUACCGUGGAUGAACACUUUGUUACCUACAGCCGACUCUAUUUUAAUGCUGACAUUUGCCCGCUACGCAACAGAACCGUUCUUCGUUGAUUCACAACCACCAGAAGAAAGCGUAAAACUUGUCGCUAUUUGUUUGUUGUUGUUUAUCACAGCUAUCAACGUACUUACCAACAAAUUGGCAGUUCGUUUACAGGUCAUGUGGUCAUACGAGGGAUGGAACGCUCUAUGCAGUGUGACAGAGGAGGUAAAAAAUCCAGGAAAAACAAUUCCAAGAGCAACUGUGGUCACUAUUGGUCUUGUAACGAUCGUCUACCUGAUGAUUAACUGCGCAUACUUCUCAGUGUUGUCAGUUGAUGAAAUGGCAUCUUCUAAGAUCGUUGCAUUACCAUUCGCAUUGAAAGCGAUGGGGGGAGCAUCGUGGAUAGUUCCUCUUACAGUUUGCCUGUGCACUGCUGGGUCUUACAGUGCGGGAAUUCUCACAUUUGGUAGAGGAUCGUACGUGGCAGCUCGACGCGGACAUUUUCCGCAGAUUUUCGGGAUGCUUCACAUACACAAGCGCAUUCCAAGUACAGCACUUGCUCUCAAUUGCAUAGCAGCCAUUGUGCUAAUUAGUAUCGGUCAAUUCUCCACUUUAAUCGACACCUUUGGAUUUGUAAACUGGACUUUCAAAGCCCUUUCUACCUUAGCUGUUUUAAUCAUCAGGAAAAGACUGCCCGAACUUAACAGACCAUACAAGGUACCGACCAUUAUUCCCGUGUUUUUGAUUUUUCUGUCGCUCUUCUUCGUUGUUGUACCUCUCAUAAACAACCCACAUUUCCUGUAUUUUUACGCGAUUGCAUUUUUUGCUGUGGGUCUUCUUUACUAUUUACUCUUUGUCCAUAAAGGAUAUAAAAUUCCUGGUUCGGAACGAACAACACGAUUUCUACAGAAAUUAUUACAAGUUGCCCCGUGCGAGUGGGAAAAGACAAACUGAUAAUAAGUCUUUACAUGAGUGGUUGCUAUUAAACAAAAAACGAAACACCUUUCA